AUGGCCGCACGUGCGCUUUUCGCGUUGCGCCUGUCCGGUUGGUGGUUGGGCAUUGCCUCCUUCGGGGUCCCAGAGAAACUGGGUUGCUCUAACCUGCCCCUCAAUGGCCGCCAAAAGGACCUGUGCAAGAAAAAGCCCUAUCUCCUGCCCAGCAUCCGUGAAGGAGCACGCCUAGGAAUCCAGGAAUGCCAGAGACAGUUCAGACAUGAACGGUGGAACUGCUUACUCUCGCCGGAUACUUCCUCUUUGGUGUUGAGCUCUUCGUCCAUCCCUGUGGCUCCUUCCUCCUCUGUCUUUGGUUAUGAACUGAGCAGCGGCACCAAAGAAACAGCAUUUAUCUAUGCGGUGACCGCGGCUGGGCUAGUGCAUUCCGUGACACAUUCAUGCAGUGCAGGGAAUAUGACCGAAUGCUCCUGUGAUACCAACCUGCAGAAUGGUGGCUCCUCCAGUGAAGGCUGGCAGUGGGGUGGCUGCUCUGAUGACAUCCAGUAUGGCAUGUGGCUGAGCAGGAAGUUCUUAGAUGGCCCUGUAAGAAAUAUCACUGGAAAAGAUGGAAAUGGAUUGAUUGCCAUGAAUUUGCAUAAUAAUGAAGCUGGAAGACUGGCAGUAGCAAAACUGAUGACAGUGGAUUGCCGUUGUCAUGGAGUCUCUGGGUCCUGUGCCCUAAAAACGUGCUGGAAAACCAUGUCCACCUUUGACAAGAUUGGCAGUUUUGUAAAAGAUAAGUAUGAGAACAGCAUCCAGAUUUCAGACAGACUUAAAAAAAAACUUCGCAGGAAAGAAAACAGCCAGCGCAAGAUACCGAUCCGUAAAGAAGACCUGCUGUAUGUCCACAAGUCCCCCAACUACUGUGUUGAAGAUCGCAAACUGGGUGUCCCUGGGACUCAGGGAAGGGAAUGUAACCGAACUUCAGAGGGACCAGAUGGCUGCAACCUCCUCUGCUGUGGUCGCGGAUAUAACACUCACGUAGUCAGACAUGUGGAGAGAUGUGACUGCAAAUUUGUUUGGUGUUGCUACGUGCGCUGCAGAAAAUGCGAGAGCAUGACCGAUGUUCACACUUGCAAAUGAAAAACUAUCUGCCUCUGAAA